UGACGGAAACGUCUUGCAUAGCGGUGCAGCUUCAACCUUACGGCACCAUGAAUUAUAAGUAUAUCUUCUCUGUUUAAGACAUUGAGUGACCCUAUGGAUGCCAUUUGGAACAAACUGAAGAUUGCGAACGACUCAUUUGUGUAAAGGCAGGGUUAAAAAAUGAGCAACAUCCUUCAUGCAGCAUCAAAAGUGAGAUGGAAUCCGAGCACUGCGGCGAAAAGAGCGGUGUUCCUGGCGGCCGCCGCAUACGGAGCCAAAGCGCUUUACCCCAUCAUCUGCAAACAAAUACAUCAACGGAAAACAACCAGGAACAACGCAUCUGGACAUGAGAAUGGAUUGAUAUCUGCUCCAGAGACUGCCUGUAGCCUUAGUAAAUCACCCGGCGUCAAUGCGCAAUUCUUCAAGCAGGUUCUUGAACUGGUUCGAAUCGUGUUCCCGAGGUUUGUAACUAAAGAACUGGGUUUACUCUGUUUACAUUCACUAGCUCUGGUUUCACGGACGUUUCUGUCUAUUUAUGUGGCAGGGCUGGAUGGUAAAAUAGUGAAAACGAUCGUAGAGAAGCAGCCGCGGAGCUUCGUGAUCAAACUGAUGAAAUGGCUUCUGAUCGCCAUCCCGGCCACUUUCGUCAACAGCGCGAUCCGCUAUCUGGAGUGCAAGCUCGCGCUCGCGUUCCGCACGCGUUUGGUGGAUCAUGCAUAUAAAACCUAUUUCACCGAUCAGACCUAUUAUAAGGUCAGCAACAUGGACGGGAGGCUGGCGAACCCGGACCAGUCUCUAACCGAGGAUGUGAUGAUGUUCUCGCAGUCCAUUGCGCAUCUGUACUCAAACCUCACCAAACCCAUCCUGGACGUGAUACUGACUUCGUAUACUUUAAUACAGACUGCGCGAUCUCGGGGUGCGAACGCAACCGGACCCACUCUCUUAGCGGGUCUGGUGGUGUUCGCCACGGCGAAGGUCCUGCGCGCUUGCUCGCCGAGGUUCGGUAAGCUGGUGGCGGAGGAGGCGCACAGGAAGGGCUACUUGCGUUAUGUGCACUCCAGAAUCAUAGCCAAUGCAGAGGAGAUCGCCUUCUAUAGGGGACAUACGCAGUACAACAGCAAGGGCAAGAUCACCACUCCAGGAACUGAAACCAUAAAGGAUGUCACCGAGUUGGCUGGCUACACGGCACGUGUGCACAACAUGUUCUUGGUAUUUGACCAAGUCCAGAGGGGAAUAUACAAACGUUCAUCUGCCGUCUCGACCACAGGGGAGAUGAUAAGCGGGGAUGAUAACCGACCUGAGAUGCACAUCGAUGGGCCUCUGGAAAUCAAAGGCAAAGUGAUUGAUGUGGAUAAAGGUAUAGUCUGUGAAAACGUGCCUAUAAUCACUCCUAAUGGAGAUGUGGUUGUGUCCUCCUUAAACUUCAAGGUAGAGGAAGGGAUGCAUUUGCUGAUCACAGGGCCGAAUGGAUGUGGGAAAAGUUCUCUGUUCCGGAUCCUCAGUGGCCUGUGGCCUGUGUACGGCGGACUUCUGUACAAACCAUCACCUGAGCACAUGUUUUACAUCCCACAGAGACCAUACAUGUCCAUCGGAACGUUACGGGACCAGGUCAUCUACCCCGACUCUCUAGACGACAUGCAUGACAAGGGUUACAGAGACAAGGACCUGGAAGUUAUUCUGGACAUUGUCAAUCUAAACCACAUUGUUACCCGGGAAGGAGGGUGGGAUGCUGAGCUGGACUGGAAAGAUGUUCUUUCUGGAGGCGAGAAACAGCGUAUGGGCAUGGCACGCAUGUUUUACCACAAGCCUAAGUAUGCUUUGCUGGAUGAGUGUACCAGUGCAGUCAGCAUUGAUGUAGAGGGUAAAAUAUUUCAGGCUGCAAAGGAUGCUGGUAUCUCCUUGCUGUCCAUCACCCAUAGACCCUCUCUAUGGAAAUACCACACACACCUGCUGCAGUUUGACGGGGAGGGCGGCUGGCGGUUCGAGCAGCUAGAUACGGCCACACGGCUCUCACUGACGGAGGAAAAGCAACGCUUGGAGUCUCAGCUCGCAGGCAUCCCUAAGAUGCAGCUCAGACUGAAUGAACUGUGUAAGAUCUUGGGCGAAGAUUCGGUUCUAAAGACGGUGGAGAACAAGGAUGAGGACUGAAAGAAGCCUGGAGAUGCUUGAUGUUCAGGAACACCUUUGGUACUUUUAAUAUUUUAGCAAUGGUUUUAACAUUUGAUGUGUACACAUGACAAUUCGAUACUGAAAUUGGAGUUUAAUGGGAAUUGUAGAAACAGUUCCCUUUUGCUUUGUUUUUUGUUUUUAUAGUUUAGUUUAGUUUAGUUUUC